AUGGGAUUACGUGGGACAAACGAGAACUUGAAAGACACAAACGCUCUGGUCCCGUUGCACAACUACGGCGCUGCGACCAAGAUGCUUCGUCUGGCAGCAUUUUCUAGCCGAUUGACACCGACCAUGGACUACAAUAUUCGUGUGUACGUGCUGUCUGACACCAAAGAUGCAUUGAAGCAUGUUUGCAGUGUAGAAUCUCGGUUGGACGGUCGACUUCUGGACAGUACAAAACCAUUUCCAUUCAGAGAUAAUGGAAUCGGCUUGAGUUUCCGCAUUGAGGAUGUAUCACCGGGAUGGAGAAGCCGCCUUCAAACCCGAAUUCAGGAAAUUCCAUUUCGCCACAUCUGGAGUGGAACACAAAUGGCAAUGCUUCAUUGCGCCUUCUCAUUGGAGCAUGUAGAUCCGGCCUAUUCCAGCGUGUCCUGUCACAUUCUGGUGUAUCAGGAGAACACCAACACCGGCUGUCAAAGUCAACAUCAGUUAUUGGAGAUCAUGAGCGAAAAUGCCGAGCGCCCAAACCCUUUGUUCCCACGAUCGGCACCGGGAACACGAUCUGGGCCGUACGUGGAGGAUCCAAUAUCAACAACACCUAUUCAACCAUUCCGACUUCCUUGGUCAGUCCGACGUCGAAUUUGCGAAUCCAUGGAGCAUUCGACUACGCGCGAAAAUGACUGGCGUGUCUUAGCUGUUCAACUAGGAAUGGAAAGGCACAUAAUCCAACUGGCAACCAAGAACAGUCCAACUAAUAGUUUGUUGGAUUUAUGGGAAGCUCAGCAUCGACAUGGUCAAGGUUUGGAAGAACUGAAAUACAAGCUGAUCAAUAUUGGUCGAAUAGAUUGUGCGAACAUUAUCGAGUUUGAGACAGCUCAGAUUUGGGACAAACGAUGA